CACACUCGCCACGGCCUCGAGUUUGAAACUCGGCGUGUACCGUGCCUAGCCAACGCGCCUCUCGAGAAACCCCCACGACGUCCGCACACACACUAGCCGCGAGGAUGGAGUCGCUCGUGUCCCCGGAGAACGAGACGUUCUCGACGCCGCCGACGACGCCAUUCGACGUGGACCACGAUUUGCGCCCGUCGAUCUCGCGCCGGAGCAGCCGCCCGUCGUCACUGAACCUCGCGUACGGAGCGAACGGGUUCAAGUCCGACAUCGUCCUGGACAGAAACUCUCCCAGACCGACCGCAAACCACGAGAGCACCUCGCCGGCCCAGGCCCAGUCGAUGCAGCAGAGAGAUCAGACCGUCGUCCCGGCCAGCCGCGCCAGGCUCUCCGCGGGCAGCCCCCGCGUGGAGCCCCCGCUCAACUCGCCCUGCUUCGUGCACUCGCACCUCGACACGGGCAACACCCUGGCGGAAGCGCUCCGCAAGCACAGCCGGCCCUUCGGGGACAACGCGAACGUGGGCGUCGCGAAGAGCCUCAUCGAUCGCGGCAACGGCGCCGCGCCGCGCCUCUCGCCCGACUCGCUCGACUCGAACUCGGACAGCGACGGGGAGUACUCGAGCAGCCUCACGAAGCAGCUCGCGGAGACCGCCGUCGGCGUGCGGGAGAUGAGCAAGCAGCUCGGGCGCGCGCGCAUCCACUCGAACAUACAGAAUGUCCUCAUUAUCACCAAGGCGCGCGACAAUCGGCUCAUCAAGCUCACGCGCGACCUUGCGCUCUACCUGAUGCUUAAGCCGCGAGCGGGUUCCCCGCGCGGCCUCGUAGUUUACGUUGACAGUCAGCUGCGCACAUCCCGCCGCUUCGAUGCUGCGGGCAUCCAGCGCGACCACCCCGAGCUCUUCGCCCCGUACCCCAAGCGGCGGGCGUCGAGCAGCAGCUCGCUCUCGUCCGCGCGCUCAUCGAUGACGUCGCUCACCUCCCUUAGCUCGGAGCAGACGUCGUCCGAGGAGGGUCAGCUGCGCUACUGGACGAGCGACAUGUGCAGCAACAGCCCGCACCUGUUUGACUUUGUCGUCACUCUCGGCGGCGAUGGCACGGUCCUCUUCACCUCCUGGUUGUUCCAGCGCAUCGUGCCGCCCGUGCUCUCGUUCGCGUUGGGCUCGCUCGGCUUCCUCACCAACUUUGACUUCUCGGAACACCAACAGACCAUGGAUAACGCCAUUGAGAAUGGCAUUCGCGUCAACCUUCGCAUGCGCUUUACUUGCACGGUCUACCGCGCGCAGAGCUGCGCGACGGAUACGAACAAGAAGGCGAUCAAGAAGGCGUCGACGGGCGAGAUCAUGAUGAAGGUAGAGAAGGGAGGCUGGGAGGCAGUGGAAGGGGGUUGGCAAGCGACACCUGUGGAGAACAAGCACAGCAAGGAUAAGGAGAUCAAAUGCUUCACGACCCGGCCGGUGGAAACAUUCGAAAUCCUCAACGAUCUAGUUGUGGACCGUGGCCCAAGCCCAUACGUUAGCCAGCUUGAGCUCUUCGGCGACGAGCACCAUAUGACAACGGUCCAAGCCGAUGGUUUGUGUGUCGCGACGCCGACGGGCUCUACUGCCUACUCCCUCUCCGCUGGCGGCUCCCUCGUCCAUCCGGAAAUCCCUGCCCUCCUCCUUACUCCUAUCUGCCCCCACACCCUCUCCUUCCGUCCCAUGCUCCUUCCCGACAGUAUGGAAUUACGCAUCUGCGUACCCUUCAACUCUCGCAGCACGGCAUGGGCCUCGUUCGAUGGCCGUGGGCGUAUCGAGUUGAAGCAGGGCGACCACAUCAAGGUCACUGCGUCGAAAUACCCGUUUCCGACUGUUUGUGCCGACAAACAGUUCACCGAUUGGUUCCAAGCCAUCUCGCGUACGCUUAAAUGGAACGAGCGCGAGCGGCAGAAAUCGUUUGUGGUCGUGGAAGAGGAGCCUAGCACACACCACAAGGUCCGGCGACGAACCAUGCAGGCUACCGCCAACGCCACUGGCUCGUCGAGUGAGACGGUCAAGGGUGAUGAUGAGUCGGACGAGGAGGAAGACACCUUCGAUAUCGACGAUUCUUCGCCCGAGGCGCAGGCGGCGAAGCAGCCCCCCACGAUGAUUCCGCUCACGAACGCGAUGUCGAGCGAGCACAUCAACCUCGGGCAGCAGAAGACGAAGGAGAACCUUGAUGACACUGCGCAGCGGCAACAACAGGCGCACUGCGGGACACCAAAUUGCUCAAACUGCACGAGCCCCAACUCAGCCGCGCACUUCUCGGGCGUGUCGACGCCCUCGCGGUUCGCGACUGGGUCCCCGCCCCACCCGACGCCUCUGCCCCCUCGCGACUACGGCGACCUCAACCACCAUCCGCACCACCCCCACUACGCACACCACCUCGACGCGCACCACCACCCUGAGGGCCGCGCGGCGGAGCGGGAGGGUAUCCGCGACAACAUCCACGUGCGGCGGACGAUGAGCGGGAAGAGCCGGAUACCGAAGGAGCGCGACGUGGACGAUGCGCGGACGCCGACGAUGGCGAGCGCGCUGCAUGGGCGGAUGCGCGGAAGGACAAGGUCGCGGUCGCGCUCAAGGGAGCCGGGGUCGGCGAGGCGGGCGUUCGCGGUGUGGGGGCAUGAUGAGAGCGAUAGUAGCAAUACGAGCGAUAGCGACUGCACGUAGGUGCGGUGUGGAUGGAGGGGAGGAAAGGAGGGAAAGUGGAAUGUAGAUGGGGCUAUAGAGAAGGGCAUGCCGCGGGCGAUGCUUGGCCUGGUUGAAUGACUAUAACGACGCACAUACAUCUGUACAUAUAGAUACAUGCACGAUGCAGCUUGGGUUAUACUCUGGAACGUUGGACUACAAGUGAAGACUGCCGGGAUCGACGGAUCGAUG